AUGGCUGCCCCGUCGACCACUGCUGCCUACCCCCGCGCUUUCACCUCUGCUGCUAAUGUUACCCGCGGGGCAGUCGGUGCCACGUGUCCUCCUUCUACUGGACCAGUCAGCGGCGGCAAUGUGGCGGCCAUGGGGCGCCGCGCGGGUAGAUCAAGGUGCGCUCCCCCCUACCCUGCUGCCUCCGCUGCCUCUGCUCCCUCUGCUCCCUCUGCUCCCUCUGCCCUCUCUGCUGCCUCUGCUCCUUCCUUCCCCUCCCUGCAUCCCCCCCUUUUCCCCCAGCACUGCAUCCCCUCCUACCCCUCCAUGCAUCCCCUCCUUCCCCUCCUUGCAUCCCCUCCUUUCCCUCCCUGCAUCCCCCCCUUUCCCUCCCUGCAUCCCCUUCUUUCCCCCCCUGCAUCCCUCCCUGCAUCCCCUUUCUUCCCUCCCUGCAUCCCCUUCUUUCCCUCCCUGCAUCCCCUCCUUUCCCUCCCUGCAUCCCCUCCUUUCCCUCCCUGCAUCCCCUUCUUUUCCCUCCCUGUAUCCUCUCCUUUUCCCCCAUGCAUCCCCUCCUUUCCCUCCCUGCAUCCCCCCCUUUUCCCCCCUGCACUGCAUCCCCUUUUUUCCCUCCCUGCAUCCCCUCCUUUUCCUCCCUGCAUCCCCUCCUUUCCCUCCCUGCAUCCCCUCCUUUUCCUCCCUGCAUCCCCUCCUUUCCCUCCCUGCAUCCCCUUCUUUCCCUCCCUGCAUCCCCUCCUUUCCCUCCCUGCAUCCCCUCCUUUCCUUCCCUGCAUCCCCUUCUUUCCCUCCCUGUAUCCCCUCCUUUCCCUCCAUGCAUCCCCUCCUUUCCCUCCAUGCAUCCCCUCCUUUUCCUCCCUGCAUCCCCCCCUUUUCCCCCCUGCACUGCAACCCCUCCUUUCCCUCCCUGGAUCCUCUCCUCUUCCUCCCUGUUUCCACCCCUUACCUUCAUUCACCCCCUCUGCUUGCCCCUUUUCCUCUCCAUUCCCUCUCCUUCCUUCACUCUCCUCCCGCGUACCAUCUCACCCCUGCUUCUUUUGUCUUUUUUCCGUUUUGCUUCCCCAACUUUUCCUCCAUUUUUCCCCUAAUUUCCCCCCAGCCCUUCAUGAGGGUCCCCCCUUGCUAAGCCAUUUCCUUGCACACGUGCUAGCCUUCCUUCCCCAUGCACACUCUUCCUUCCCCAUGCACACUCUUCCUUCCCCAUGCACACUCUUCCUUCCCCUCCAGGCUUACACUGUUUCUCCCCUCCUUCUGGUUUCUUACUCCCCUGCCACCCUAUCUUUUCCCCCUCCUACCCUAUCGUAUGCGCUGCCAGUGGUGCAGGCGCUGGCAGGGCGUGUGGUGCGGGGCGGUGGUAGUGCUGCCCACCAGAGACCUGGCUGCUCAGGUGGGUAA